UCUUGUUGGGAAGUGGGUGCUGUGAAUGCGAAGUGCCAGCCCUGCUGUUCUGCCCAGGAGGGCUGCCCAUGGAGAUAAAGCAGAUAGAAGCAGUUUCUUGGACAUGGUACCCACCCACCAUUUACAUUAGCAUCCUCUCUCAGCCCCGAGGCCCGAGCCCCAGCAGCAGACCUUUUGAAAGCCCUCUUGCUCUAGCUCUAUGUUUGAAAACUCAGGACAGCGAAGACCCGGCUGAAGCCAGGCCUCCCUCCUUACAGCAAGGAUGGAGAGCAAGGAGGAAGACCACGGUGCAGCUGGCGGCCACGAGGGAGACGAACAGGGAGACGACGGCACCAUGGUCCCAGAUGCUGAAAGCCGCUUUGCAGACAUCAUCGAGUACAUCAGGAAGGCACUGAGCAGAGAGGAGCUGCAGCGGCUGCUGGCGGAAGACGAGGCCUGGGGGAUAUUCGUGUCUGAGGCAGAGUUGUCCAGUGAGGAGGCACACACUCUACGUGAAGUCCUGGCCAAGUGUAUCACAGACAUGGCCAUGGACUCGGUCCCAGACAAGGACCCGGACAUGGACCUGGAGGACAAAGAAGAGCGGCAGGUGAGGGAGAGGUUUUUGAAGGAGUUUCCGCAGGUGAAAGCGCAGCUGGAGGAGAGCAUAGCAAAGCUGCACGCCCUGGCGGACAAUGUGGGCAAGGUGCACCGGGACUGUACCAUCACCAACGUGGUGGCCGCCUCCACUGGGGCCGCCUCUGGCAUCCUGAGCCUCCUCGGCCUGGCUCUGGCCCCUGUGACUGCAGGGCUCAGCCUGGCACUCACAGUCACGGGGUUAGGGUUGCGCACAGCAGCUGCCUUGACCAGAGUCACCACCACCAUCGUAGAGCAUUCAACGAAUCUGUCAGCUGAAGAGGAGGCCAAGAGCCUAAUGUCGAGCAGCAUCCAGAAAGUGGAGCAGGUUGGAGGUGCUGUGGCCGUGAGGCUCCCCACAGGGGGUGGCUUACCCAAGGACUGGAGCAAACUGCUGAAAGUCAUCGCGGAAGUUGUCCGCAUCAUCAGAUCAGUUCGAAGCAGUGCCCGUCUCCUGACCACAGGGAGGAUCGCAGUCCAGGAUCGGAGGCAGGUGCAGCCAGCCUUUGGGGACACUGCUCAGACCAUGACCACAGGGGCCCGCAUCACAGGUGCAGCCACCGCUGGACUCUUCCUUCUGGUAGAUGUGAUCAGCCUAGUCCAAGAGUCGGUGCAACUGCACCAGGAGACCACGUCCGAGUCGGCUCAGGAUUUGCGGCAGCGGGCUCAGCAGCUGGAAGAGAAGUUGGCACAGCUCACAGAGAUCCAUAGGAGCCUGCAGCAGGACACGGCUGAGUGAGCCUGGCCAGUGCUCAGGGCAGCGGAGCUGUGCUGACGGAGCCCAGCAAACAGACACAUACUCUGAGGGGUAAGCAGCUGAAAUAAAGUAUAAUGAUAUGGGCAUUAAGGAGCUUGACAUUGCUGUAGCUGAGCCCAGGGAUGGGGGAAGGUAGAUUGGAUACAGGUCAGAGACAAGGCAGAAGCCUGGAGUCUGGAAUGUGGGAAGAGGCAGGGGGCAGGGAAGGUGUCAUGGCUAUGGAAGAGGCAGGGCUUGGGAUCCAGGGGUUCAGUCUAGGGGAAAGCAGGGUUGGGAGUGUGGCAGCUGGAAUGGGGAAAAUCAUUUACUGAGGACUAAAGAAUAGCAUCAGGGCGUGGAGAGAACAAGGCGUGCAGUGACAAGCACUUGGAGCCCUGGAAAUGGGAGGAAGUCAAAGUCUAGA